AUGCUUUUAUUUGCACUUGCAUCCCUUGUCCACUCCGUUGUUGUUGGCUUAGAUAUUGGUCAUGCCAACAUCAAAGCAGGUAUGGGCAAGUUUAGUGGUGUUGUUGCAGUAAAUAACCAGCAAUCCAAGAAAUUAUCUCCAACAUUUUUCACAAUGUACAACUAUUCAGAUCCAAAGAAUUCCCGGCCAAGAAACGGCGAUCACUGGACCCUCGAAGAAAUCGAUGAAUGCGCAUGGGAUUAUACAUCUCGUGCUCAGGCAACAGGCAAACGUUUCCCACAGAAUAUUAUCCAAAGCUUUUACCCUCUUCUUAGUAACUCCAUUGGUUUAUCCCAUCGUGAGGCUCUUGCAUCAACACUCCGCUAUCUUUUGAGCACAAUCGACUCUGGUGCUUAUACACCAGAGAAGACACUUCUCACCCUCUCUGUCGAACCAUUCAUGUCUCGCCAUGAAAGAUAUGCCCUCAGAGAAGCUGCAAGACUUGCAAAUACAACAUUAACAUUUAUUGUUGAUUCUCCAACUGCUGUUGCUAACUAUUACGUUCUCGGCAGACAGCAGAGACUUUCCAACAACAUUGCUUUCAUUGAUAUCGGUGCUACAGGCACAUGGAUUUCAAUCUUCAGUUUCAGCCAGAUGGGCAAGGAUGUCAUCAUGAACCAGAAGGCUCUCGUUGCCAACGGCACACUUGGUGGCAACGCCAUCGAUAAAGUUCUCGGCGAUUUCCUUUACCAGAAGUUUGUUGAAAAGACAGGCAAGACAUCCGACUCCCCACGUGUUCGCAACAUGUUCUAUGAUGCCGCUAAGAUCGCUAAGGAAAGACUUUCAAUCGAUAUCGAAUACACAGUUUCCAUGGAAGAUGUUAUCGAUGAAGAUGGUCUCGAAUACGUCCUUACAAGACAACAGUUCAAUGAGCUUAUCCAGCCAUUUGCUGAUUCCCUUGGUGAUCUUAUUAACAACGCUAUGGACAAGGCCGGCGUCAAGAAGAUCGAUACAGUUGAAUCAAUCGGUGGCAACUCCCGUCCACAGCUCUUCCACGAAGUCAUGUCCAAUGUUACAAAGUCUGAUUCAAUUUCCCACACACUCAAUCCAGAAGAAGCAGUCAUCCUCGGUGCUACUGUUCUCGGAUCCACAAGAUCAUCAUCCUACAGACUUCCAAAGAAGAUCAAAUCAACAACAUUCUGCAAUACUCAUAUCGAAGUCGAAUUGAACGGUAUCCGCAAGGAUCUCUACAACGUUCAUGACAAGAUGGAGAAAUUGAUGCCACGCUACUACACAUACAAGGAGCUCAAGGGCGAAAACAUCACAAUUUGGUCAGAUAACAACUACGAGCUUCCUCUUGACAUCUUCUCUGUCAACUUCGACGAAAACACAACAUACAACGAUACAGAUGAAGUCAUGAUCAAGUACGGCCUUGAUGAUUUCACUUUACCAUAUAUCAACAGAAUUGAAGUCAACGGCCAGAAGCUCAACGCCACACAUUACUUUGCUGAUUGGCAGCUCAACGAAGAGCGCUUCAACCAAUCACAGACAUUCAUCUUCAAGAUGGAAGAAAUUGAACGCGACCGCCACAACGCUUCCACAACACGUAACGAGCUUGAAGCAUAUCUCUUCCAGAUCCGCACAAAGCUUGAAGAUGACGAAGAGUUCAAGGAGUUCUGCAGCGAAGGUGAUAUCAAGAACAUCACACUAGCCCUCCAAGAAUCACAAGACUUCCUUGACAAUCUUACAAACCCAUACGCUCACUCCCAAGUCUUCAGAGAUCAGCUCAACAAGUUCAAAGAGACAACAAAGGAUGUCGAGAUGAGAAUUGAAGAGUGGAAGUUGAUUCCAGAGAACAUUGAGUCCCUCAACAAGACAAUCAAUGAAGUUGCCAAGUACUUGAAGGACGAAGUUCCAAAGAAGAGACCAUGGUUAGUUACUCAUUACAAAGAUACAUACGACAACCUCGUAGAUAACUACAACCACACUAAAGAAUGGCUUGAAGAGAACUAUUAUAACUUGACACACUGGAACAAGACAGUUAACCCAGAAACAAAGCACAACCAGAUUAAUGUCAAGCGCCAGAUCUUGGAAUUCAACAUGAAUGGUUCAAAGAGACAGAAGAAGCCAACACCAACACCAAAGCCAACUCCAACACCAGAAGGAUGGACACCUCCACCACCAACACCAACUCCAGAGCCAACACCAGACUACAGGCACAAACAUCGCCCACCACGGCCACAUGACUACGACUACUCUGACUCUGACAGCGAUCCAGACUUCAAGAGAGAACGCGAGGAAGACAUGCACCAUCCACCAACUCCUGAAGAGAUUGAGAAGCGCAUCGAACGUGAUCAGCGCCGCCACGAGCGCCGUAUGAUGCGCCGCCACGAGAAGCACAUGAAGAAGAUGGAAGAGAGGAGGAAGAGGCAUCAGGAAUAUCUCGACCGCGGCGAGAUUCCUCCACCAGAUACAUCAUCUGAAGAGGAAAGACGCAGAAGACAUAGACCACCAACACCUCCACCACCACCACGCCCAGAGGGAUGGGAAGGAGAAUGGCCACCACGCCACGAUGAGAUCCCAACAUUACCACCACCUCCACCACCUCCACAUGAUGAUAUCCCUCCACCUCCACCAAGACCAGAGGACAUUCCACCACCACCACCACAUGAUAUUCCACCACCACCACCAAGACCAGAGGACAUUCCUCCACCACCACCACAUGAGGAUGUCCCACCACCUCCACCUCCAAAACCAGAUGAACUCUAA